UAUAGUGAAAUAAAAAUAAAAAUGGUUUCUUUAGAUUUCAAUUUCAUUAAGACAAGUGAAUCAGCUUGUCCCCAUAGGAUCUUAUCGGUGUUAAAACUCACGAAACCUUCGACGAAGUAGUCAUCUAAAAGCUUUAGAUCUCUCUCUCUCUCUCUUCGAGUUUGACUCGUUUGCUCAUUUCUUUGAUUCUCUCUCUCUCUCUCCUUGUUACUUGCAGGCGAUGACUCUUCGUUGGGUUUGAUCGAAAUCUUCCUAAAUUUGUGUUUUGUCUUCUGGGUUUUACAUUUUCUCAGUAAAUUCAGAGACUUUAUUAGGAAUUUUUUGUAAAGGUUAAGUGUUUUUUUUUUUGUGGGUACAGAGGAAGAGGAACUGCAGUUUCAAAAAGCUUCAAUAUUUGAGAUAAAAAUAAACAAUGCUUGAAGGGAAACUGAGAUCAGGAGUUUAUAGAUCAUUUAUAAUGUGUGAUGAUCCAAGAGAUGUUGUUGAAUGUGGUGCUAUUAAGAAACAGAGUAAAGGUCGUAGUAGUAACAUUAGAUGUGACCGUCCUUUGAAAACGAAGGAGAGAUCCGAAAUGGUUGUGGCUCCUCCUAGGAAGAGUACUGAGGAUGAUGCUCCUCGUUCCUCUAUGCAGCUUUUGAGAGUGUCUAAAGGGAUUCAGAAACUUAAUGUUGCUAUUGAUUCAUUGUCUAAAGGGUUUAGCUUUGAGGCUGCGUCGUCUAGGCCUGAGGAUAUAGCGAAAGAUUUGUUGAGAGGAGCGCUUGAUUUGGAAGAGUCUUUAGCUAUGUUGAGUAGUAUCCAAGAAGAUGAUGUUAAGCAGAAACCGAGGGUUUGUAAAGACGGUGGUAGAACCGAUUUGCGGUUUCAGAGAUCGAUGUCUGAUAGAUUCGGAGAGCGGAUUGAGAAACGGGUGAUGAAUGAGGAGAAUGUAGCAUCUAAAGAUUGUUAUGAAGAGUUGAGGAAAGUGAUUAGAGAAAGCUUUCUUAGGCAGAAUCUUUUGUCACAAACAAAAACUAUAGGGACUAAUAAGACUCGUGUUGUUAGAAGUGGUUUUGCUUCCUCUUCUGGUGCUGCGUCUUCGUCAACGAGCUCGAGCCAAUCUUCUUUGGUCUCUGGCUCUACACAGUCCUCUGCUUCGUCUGAUGUUCCACGGAGAGCUCCAAGUUUGAUUGCUAGGCUUAUGGGUUUGGAUGUAUCAACUCAAGAACCGAGCAAAAGCGUCAUGAAUCAUGUCGAUAAGCCGGAUAUCGUUAAGCUGUCAUCAGAAAGAGAAGAGCAGAGGAAGCAGAAUAAGAAGGAGAAUCUUGAAACUGUGAGAUGUAACUCUACAAGAGAAGCUGUUAUACAAUCUUUGCCUGAAGAGAUUCCAAGUGAGAAUCCUUCAACUAUAGUGCUCAUCAGACCAAUGCGUGUUGUACAACCGGAAAUGAAAGAAAAGCCGGGAAACAAACAAACGGUUGUACCUAAGAAACCAAGAAUGCAAGGAGAGGUUCAUCCAAGAAUGAUUAACCAAAGAAAAGAUCAUCAAGCCAAGGGAAGCAACAAAAUGAAACUACCAUUAAGUAUGACCAAGAAAGAUAAAGAACCGAAAGAAAUAGUGCGGAAAGUAGAACAGAAUGAAGGCAAAGUGAUCAAGAUAAUGUCUCCGACCAAUGCCAAAGCUGUAACACGAGAUCGAAAGCCGAUGGAAAGCAACAAAACCAACAAAAAGCUUGUUGUCAAGAAAGAGGAUAAUGCUGAAGGUAAAGACAGACAUAGACUUCAUAAUCGAGGUCUUAAACCAACCAGCAACCCUGCGGCUCAAAAGAAACUGAACGAUUCUUCAGACUUAUCAAGAAACAAGAGUCAACGGUCCAGCAGGUUAAGGUCAAGCUCUAGUAGUGGUGAGCAGAAGAGUAGUAGUCGGGAAAAGAAGGUCGGUGAGGCUAAUAGACCAAAUGCCAAGAAGAAACUUCGUCAACAAGACAACGACCUAAGUUCAGAGAAUAAUUCAUGCUCUUCACAGGACACGCGUGGAUCACUUAACCAAGUUUCUACAGAAGAAACCACUUCUUCAGAGUUAUACAAUCAAGGCCAUUGUGACAAUGGAGAAGUUUCAUCUUGUGCUGGCAUAGUUCAGCAUUCUCAUGAGCCAGAAACCUCUCAAAUCUCACUUGGAACAUUCCUAUCUAGCUCCUCAGAUUUCAUCAAGUACGCAGAGGAUCUCUUUAACUUAAACACAAACACGAAACGAAGCCAAAGAGAUAGCAUUGUGAUCACAGACCAAAGACUUGCGCUAGACUUUGCCAAAGAAGUAGCCAGACGUAGAAGCCUUCUUCUAACAGAACCAAUGUGUCGGCAACGAAGCUGUGUGCACAUUGAUGAGUUGUUAAUGGAAGUCUGUGAUGGGUUUGAGUCUCUGAGAAGUUACAAAGACACGUUUUCAGGACAGGACAGUUUCGUUAAAGAGAGCAUUCACAUGGUGUUGGAGAAGGAUCUAAAGAGUAAGAAGACAGAGAUGACAAGUGGAGUAUGGGAUUUGGGUUGGAGAAGUGAGUUUCAGAUCGAUGAAACUUAUCAAGCUGUAGUUGACUUAGAGAAACUUAUCUUAUCAGGUUUAAUUCAAGAAAUUAUCACUUAACAGUUGAGUUUUACUAAGAAUAAAUAUUUUCUUCC